AUGGAAGAACAUAGUGAUGGUGAAGGUGUGUUAUCACCAUCAAGCUCUGCAUGUAAUCGUAAGAAGAGGAGAACUAUUUUACAAUGUCGUAAGGUUAAUGCAGGUACUAACUUACGAUGUCAAAGUAGCCCGUCAAGAUCACCCCUUUCAAACAUUACAAACUCGUCCAUAAACCCUAUUAAAGUUACUCCAAUAUCAACUCUGCUUACACCAUUAUCAAGUAGAUAUACUGCUUUUAAAAGCAAUCCCGCGAGUCUGUGUACUCCUUCAUCGACAGUAAUUCAACAACCUAUAUCGACAAUAUAUCGCAGUACAAGUACAAGUAUUCCAGACUUUACUUCUCCAUUAUCUUCUAUUCCAUGUUCAUCACUUUCUAAUGUAGCACUUAGUGAAAUCUUGUAUGUUUAUGUUAUGCAAGAUCCAUCCAAUAAGACACUCUCAAAUUGCAUUCAUCAUACUCCUCCAAUUGAAUUCAAAGAUGCAUCUAGACCAGGAGUUGAUAAUACGAGGGAAAGUCUGAAUUAUUUGAGAAAAGGAAAGCAAAAAGUGUGUAUUGGUAUUCAAGAAAAAAACUUUCCAAGUCCAAUGCCUGCAUCAUUGUGCAAUAAGCCUAUUAGAAAGUCCAAUUCUAGACCCAAAUCCACCCAUUUGAACACGAAUGACAUACCUCUAAUCAAUUUGGAGAUGCUUAAUGAUCCUUCAAUGGAAGAAGUUAGAAAGAUGAGAGGCAUUUCUCCAGAAUAUAUUGAUCAUGGCGAUCAAAUACACGUUUGUGCCAAUUGUCAUGCUAUGUUGUGGGAAGCUGAAGCCCUUAGAGGGAAUCAAAAUGGUAAGAAGCGAUCAUUUUCCCUUUGUUGUAAGAACGGACAAGUUCAACUUCCCGACGCAAUAGAACCUCCACCUUUAUUACGGAAUCUUUAUAAAGGUUCUCAUACCAGGAGCACCAAUUUUAUGAAUAACAUCCGUGCUUAUAACACGAUGUUCUCUUUCACUUCUAUGGGUGGUAAGGUUGACAAAAGUGUUCAAAGUGGUAGAGGUCCAUAUUGCUUUAGACUACAGGGACAAAAUUGCCAUAGAAUUGGCAGUUUAUUGCCCGCUGUCGGAGACCAACCCAAAUUUUCACAACUUUACAUACACGAUUCAGAGAAUGAGGUUCAACAUCGACUAAAUGCAUUCAGGUUAGUGGACAUUCAAAAUAUACUAUUAAUUACAUUUGAGUUGUUUCUAACAUCAAAACUAUUGUAUGUGGACAUCCAAAAUAAUAGUGGGAGUGGUGUAAAACGCGAUGAUCUUGAUCCAGGCAUAAUAAACCUUCUUAAGAAUAUGCUUGACUCUUGCAAUCCCCUUGUGAAGUCUUUCCGUAUGGUCAGAGAUUGUUUGGAAGAAAAUGACUUACAAGACGUAAGCCUGAAGCUCAUUUCAACCAGGGAAAAAGACGGUAGAACUUACAAUUUGCCAACAGUGUCAGAAGUUGCAGCCUUAAUAGUUGGUGAUAUUGACGGAUUAGUUGAUCAACGGGACAUUGUUGUUAGAACUAAGUCUGGAUUUCUCCAACGAAUUAGUGAGUUGCACCCUUCCUACCUAGCAUUACAGUAUCCCUUACUUUUUCCCUUUGCUGAAGAUGGUUUCAGACUUGGCAUUAAACAUAGAGCGAUUCCAGAUGACUGUACUAAACUCAAAACCAGGCUUACACUCAGAGAGUUUUUUUGCUAUAGAAUACAAGACCGAAUCAAGCCUUUUUCAUUGAUAACCUAUUCAAGAAAAUUGUUUCACCAGUUACUGGUGGAUGCAUACACCAUGGUGGAAGCUGAUAGAUUGUCUUAUGUCAAAGUACAACAACCUAAACUAAGAACUAAUACAUUCAUAAAUUUGCAACAGAAUGUAGCUAAUGGGAACAAUAAUGCAUCAAAAAUAGGUAAACGUAUAUUGUUACCGUCAUCGUUCACUGGUGGAGCCAGGCCUGAGGAUAGGCCUGAUAUUCUUACAAGACUUUUCAAGAUGAAACUCGAUCACCUUAUAAACGAGUUCAAGAAUGAUCAAAUUUUUGGUCCUCUACAAGCAGUUCUUUAUACAGUGGAAUUUCAAAAACGUGGCCUACCUCAUGCGCAUAUCUGUUUGUUUUUGAGCCCUGACCACAAGUUUCCAACAGCAGCACAUGUAGAUCAGUUAAUUAGUGCUGAAAUUCCUGACAAAGAAGAAGAUCCUGUGUUGUAUGAACUUGUGAGUCAAUUUAUGAUUCAUGGGCCUUGUGGUAAAGAUAACCCCAGUUGUCCCUGCAUGGUUCAACAGAAAUGCACCAAAAAUUUUCCGAAAAAAUAUAAAGAGGAAACCUCUGUUGAUGAUGAUGGAUAUCUUGUGUAUAGGCGUCGAAACACAGGACGUACAGUGGAAAAAAAUGGUGUCCCAGUUGACAAUAGAUUUGUUGUUCCUUAUAAUGCUUCCCUUCUUCGAAAGUACCAAUGUCACAUAAAUGUAGAAGCUUGCAACCAGUCAGGUGCGAUCAAGUAUUUAUUUAAAUAUAUAAACAAAGGACCUGAUAGAGUGACGGCUUUCGUAUAUCAAACAAAUCAGCAGAAAGAUAAAGAUUGUCAAGAGUCUCCAGUUGAUGAGGUCAAAAAUUACCUCGAUUGCAGGUAUGUUUCUGCUUGUGAGGCGGCUUGGAGGAUUUAUGGUUAUGAUAUACACUAUGGAUGGCCUCCUGUUGAAAUACUACCAUUUCAUGACAAAGAUCAGCAGAGUAUUGUAUAUGAUGAGAACGCUAACCUAUGCGAUAUUGUCACUAAUCCGACUGUCAAACAGUCAAUGUUUAUUCAGUGGAUGGAAUUAAACAAGGUUGACGCCUUUGCCAGAACCUUGCUAUAUGUCCAGUUCCCAAGACAUUAUGUUUGGAUUCGUAAGUAUAGGAAAUGGGAAAAAAGAACACAUCCCGGUGGUAGUAUUGGAAGAAUUUCUUAUGUUCCACCCUCACUUGGAGAUGUUUACUAUUUGAGGAUGUUGUUGAAUCAUGUCAGAGGUCCACAAUUUUGGAAAGAAUUAAAAACUUUUGAUGGCCAGACGUUUGAAACCUACAAAGAGGUAUGUGAAACAAUGGGCCUUUUGAGUGAUGAUAAGGAAUACGUUGAAGCAAUUGAAGAAGCCAGCGGUUGGGCAACGGGUUUGGUUCUUCAACAAGAUGAAUUGAAAAACCUAUGUCUAUCAGAUAUUGAAGGGUUGCUCAAAAGUAACGGCAGUACACUCAGAAAUUUCCCGGAUAUGCCAUGCCCUGACGAGGAUUAUGUAACAUGCUUGAACAAUCAAUUGAUACGAAGUGAACUUAUGUAUGAUAAAGUUGCUUUACAAACUGAGCAUGCGACUUAUUUAAGUAGCUUAACCCAAGAACAGCAUCAUGUUUAUGAUACUGUUAUACAGGCAGUUGACAAGAAUGAAGGUGGUGUUUUUUUUGUAUAUGGAUAUGGGGGUACUGGGAAGACCUUCCUUUGGAAAACACUAACAGCUGCUAUACGUUCUAGAGGUGAUAUCUAUGUUCAAUCGACCCCCAAAGUGAUCUUGCUGGUUUAA